AGAGUGUAAAUCAUUGUGGAGGGAGUAUUUUAGUCAUAUUUGCGUAAAUAAAAAGUUAUCUCAAAUAGUCUCAUUUUUUUUCAAUCUGCCAAAAAUAAUCUCAUUUUUCACAGUUACGUUUAUAAGCCAUGCUUUUCAGGUGUAAGCGAGUUUUGGGUCACCCUUUGAAAGUACUUUCCUCCGGGCAUAUUUUUACCAAGAGCGAGGACUGCAUCAUCCCACCGGAAAAUAUGCUCAAAUACCUUGCCGGUUCCGCCGGUCCGAGCGGCUUCGGCUCCAAGUCCACCGCCGAGGAGGUCACCGAGAACUGUCCCCAUCUUCGCUCCAUCACUGCCAUCAUCACAGGUGCAACGUCCGGAAUCGGAGCCGAGACGGCUCGUGUUUUAGCGAAGCGGGGCGUACGGCUAGUGCUUCCCGCUCGCGACGUGAAAGUUGCUGAGGAGACUAAGGCCCGGAUCCUCUUGGAGUCGCCGGAGGCCGAGAUCGUGGUGGCGCCGCCUCUCGAUCUCAGUUCGCUCCGUUCUGUCCGGAACUUUGUGGCACAUUUCGAAUCUCUGAACCUGCCUCUCAAUCUCCUAAUAAACAAUGCCGGGAAAUUCGCGUACAAGUAUUGUGUAUCAGAGGACGGCAUCGAGAUGACGUUUGCAACGAACUAUUUGGGCCAUUUCCUUCUGACGGAGCUGUUGCUGGGAAAGAUAGUUGACACGGCCAAGGCUACCGGAAUACAGGGGAGGAUCGUCAACGUGUCGUCCGGAACCUACGACUGGUUUUCUGACGACAUUCUCGCUUACUUCCGAGAUGUAACCACGAACCCAAGUCAUUACGAUGCGACACGUGCAUAUGCUCUCUCAAAGCUCGCCACCUUUCUCUACACCAAAGAACUUGCCCAGAGGCUCGAACAAAAGCAGGCAAAUGUGACUGUAAAUUGUGUUCACCCAGGGGUUGUGAAGACUAGACUUAAUCGCGAACGCGAAGGGUUCUUCACAAAUUUGGUGUUCUUUUUGGCUUCUAAAUUUUUGAAGACAGUUUCUCAGGGUGCGUCAACAACGUGCUACGUUGCAACUGAUCCAAGGCUGGAAAAUGUAAGUGGGAAAUUUUUUGUAGACUGCAACAUGGUUUCUGCUUCAAAAGUGGGUAUUAAUUUGACAAAAAAUGCAAGGCUAUGCCGGGAUUCUUAUCUGCUCAUUUCAUGCCAUUUAUGUCAACGCAAUUUCCAUCCAUUCCAAACAUUGGAGUUCAAAUAAAUGUUAAAAUAAUACCAUAUAUCGAUGACUAGUUACCAAAAUGAAACAAAGAGAGGGGGUUCAAACAUAUUUUAAACAUAUUAACACACACACACAUAUUAUGCAUUGAAUUGAAAAACAAAUACUCCGUAUAUGAGUAAACCAAAUAUUAUUUCAUCUAUUUAUAAAUAAACAAUGUAUGAUGUUUGACUAAAGUUAUAAUCAAUUU